GGAGACUAAGUUCUUGGCUAUUUCGAGUGACUAUGGCAUUGCAUGGGUACAGGCCCGGGUACUGGUACCACCAGGCCCGUUGGAAGCCCGUGUCCGGGGAAGGGCCCUGGAUUACCGUCAUACUCAAUUACGACGGUGGAGAUGAAGUGCUACUGAAGAUCAACGUGGAGGGAGCAAGAGAGGGAGAGAUGCGGACUAACCUGAAGCUGCAGGACGCGAUUUCGGAGGCGAGAGACCGAGCGGAGAGACGUUGUAGACGGGACGAAGUGACGGCAAAGCUACGGAUAACGGUGGCUUACCAAGAGACUGAGACCUCGAUGGACACAGCGGACCUGGAACAGGUCCACCAGGACACAGACUCGGGAGGGGAAAGUGAGAUGAGUGACGCAGAUCGGGAGACGGACCUCAGGUCCUGGAACAGACCAGGCGAGAUCCAGAGGCAUCACCGAGCCGCGAGGCCGGUGGAGGAGGGACCCGAGGCUAGCUCGAGGCAACUGACGCCGAAGGGCCGCGGAAUGGGAGAGAAGCAGAACAGGGGGAAAGGACCCGAGAAAGGAGCGGACGUCGGUGGUACACGCGAGGUCCGGCCAAUCUUGAAUGGCUUGUACUUUGUCCGCGAGCGGACGAAUGCCUUGAGGCGUAACGUAAUGGCCCAAGUACUCCAGCUCUUGCUGGGCAAAGUCACACUUGUCACGGUUUGCCUUGUAUUUGGCGAUACGGAGCCGCUCCAAAACAGCGCGAAGGUGCUCGUCCAACGACCGACUAUAAACGAAGAUAUCAUCAAGGGAAAUACGUACGGUGCGAUCGAGCAAGUCGCGGAAUUCCGUCAUCAUAGCCGCUUGGAAAGUAGUGGCGACAUUGGUGAGACCGAAAGGCAUGACGAUCCCCUCAAAGUGCCCAUACCGCAUCUUGAAUGCGGUUUUGUAUCGAUCUCUUGGUUGAAUCUCGAUCUAGUGAUAUCAGGAUUUGAGGUCAAGCUUCGAGAAGUACUUGGCGCCGCCUAGUCGUUCGAAAAGAUCAUCGAUCCGAGGGAGAGGGCCGACGUUCUUGAUCAUUUGGGCCUUUAGUUUUCGAGUC